CUUUAACUUUAAUCGUGAAGUUUUCAGCCGUGGAAGAACGUGCGAGGGAACUCCAGCACAAUAAAAGUGCAAAAGAUUACGGAAAACUGACGGACACGAACAUAUAUGAGGUUAAACUGACGGAAAACAUGAUGUGUUUAACUCACCUUCCGUUCGGAAGAGAUUUAGAGGAUUUGCAGUCUAUACUCGACACAGAAGAGCUUAUGGGACACAGAAGUGGGUUAUAACAGGACUGUGUUGUCUUCGAUAUAACGGAUUUAUUUUUAAACACAUUUAUUUUCUAAAUUACCGGAUGUUCCAAUAUAACGACCCGUUGGAACGAAACUCCUGGAAAUAUUUAAACAUCCCGAAGUUUCAGUAUUAAAUAAAAUGGGAGAUGACAAUGAGCUGCUUGGAUCCUCUGAGUUUAUCAAAGAUCGACUGUAUUUCGCUACUCUCAGAGGCAAACCCAAGAGCACAGCAAACACACAUUUCUUCUGCACAGAUGAUGAAUUUAUAUAUGAAAACUUUUAUGCAGAUUUUGGACCCCUCAAUCUGGCAAUGCUGUACAGAUAUUGCUGCAAACUGAACAAAAAACUAAAGUCUUUCACUCUGUCCAGAAAGCGCAUCAUCCAUUACACCAGUUAUGACCAACGAAAGAGAGCCAAUGCAGCCGUCCUCAUCGGUGCUUAUGCAGUAAUCUACUUAAAAAGAACUCCAGAGGAAGUGUACCGUGCCCUGAUCUCUGGAACCAAUGUGUCAUACCUGCCCUUCAGAGAUGCUGCUUUUGGGAACUGCACAUAUGAUCUAACCAUAUUAGACUGUUUACAAGGAAUACGCAAGGCCUUGCAGCACGGGUUCUUUGACUUUGAGAAUUUUGAUGUUGAAGAAUAUGAACAUUAUGAGCGUGUGGAAAAUGGUGAUUUUAACUGGAUUGUGCCAGGAAAACUGUUGGCCUUCAGUGGACCUCAUCCCAAGAGCAAAAUCGAGAACGGUUAUCCUCUCCAUGCUCCAGAAUCGUACUUCUCCUACUUCCGGCAGCACAGUGUGACAGAUGUUGUGCGACUGAACAAGAAAAUCUAUGAAGAGCGGCGCUUCACAGAUGCCGGGUUUGAACAUCACGACUUGUUCUUCAUAGACGGCACCACGCCUAGUGAUCUCCUCACAAGACGCUUUCUACAUAUCUGUGAGAGCGCAGAGGGUGCCGUGGCCGUCCACUGCAAGGCUGGCCUUGGCAGGACAGGCACUCUGAUAGGCUGCUACCUGAUGAAGCAUUAUCGCUUCACAGCGCCCGAGGCCAUUGCCUGGAUACGAAUCUGCAGGCCGGGCUCCGUCAUUGGACCACAGCAGCACUUUCUCGAACAGAAGCAGCACAGUAUGUGGGUGCAAGGUGAUCUCCAUCGCUCAGUGCAGAAGCAGCAGCAGCUGAGGCAAAGCCGACAGCAGAAGAGAAACAUGUCCCAUCUCAUCUCCAGCGUGGACAACAUGUCCAUCGACAGCACCAUUCUGAAGCCAGCAAGUGUGGAUGAGAAUGAGUUCAGAGAAGAGGACACGAUUCCAACGCAAGGAGACAAACUACUAGCCUUAAAGGGCCAACGCCACCCCAGAUCUACAACCACAGUGCUUAGUGGGAUAACCCCAGCUCCGGGCACCAUUUCCUCUCCCAAGUCUUCCAAAUCUCCUCUCUUCCUCUCCUCCACCACUGCACCACAAAGACUGACGCGAAGCCCUUCAUCCUCCGCUAGCAAUCUAAAAAGCUUCAGUCCCCGUUUAGCCCAUUCCCUCAGCAACCUCUAUAACGACAACAACUUCAGUGACGAUGAAACCAGCACACCUGCUUCCUCUUUUGUGCCCUCCCCAUCUCCUGCCCUAACCCAGUGUUCCCCAGCACUUCCCUCCAGUUUUGGCUUUGGGUACACCACUGCUGACCCCCGACUUCCUCCCUCCCAUGUAAACUUCAAUCAAGAAGCCAACGCUAACCUCAACAGCCUCACUGCAUCAGGCACCGUUAGUGCUAGUCGUACAGUCAGGCCUAUGAACAGAGGCGGCUAUAGCCGGCCGAGCCCUCGGAGAGGUCCGUUCCGCGCCGGGCUUAGUGGGUUUCCAGGACGCUACCUCAGCAGAUCCAUUCCAUCCCUUCAGUCUGAAUAUGCUCAGUACUAAGGCUGUAAUUAUACGCUGAUGACCGCAGCUGACCCAUCCUGUGGACGGAUCUCUCCUAAAAGCUGAUAAAAUGUUAAACAUACACUGGGUGUAACGUGUUCAUUAAUUCAUUUAUACAGUGUUUCAAUUUAGAAAAUAAUAUCUGUAAGUCUGAUGUAUUAUUCACAAAUGUAUUUAGCAAUUUAUUUUUUUUUCUUCAUGAAAAAUCAAACAUAUCUGCUGGUAUUUGUUUGUGACUACCAUUACAGUAGCUCAUGAUUUUGUAGGAAGUCACAAUUGUAAUGAAAAUCUUAGCAGCGUGUUUGUACAUGAGUGCGUGAAUGUGUGGUUGAAGAAAUAUACAAGUAUGAUCACAUGACUAUGUUACUGAUUCAGUUAUGUUUAGUAAUAUGAUUGUACAGAAAUCAUGAUUUUUAAAACAUUUUGUACAGAUAACUAAUAAGCAAAAUACCUUAAUAACUGGAAUAUACUUUAGAUGCAAUAAAGCGCUGUCAUUACAGAGAUCUCUUCAUUUGUAAA